AUGACUUAAUAACUGUCUCAUUAGUGGGCUGGGAUGGUUCAGAAAUAAAUGGCUGAAAAAUUACUAAAUGAGAAUCAAUAAAAAUAUGAUUAAUUGUAAAGGAAAUAAAGAUACAAGGAAGAAUUGGAAACAGACAUGAAAUUGAAAUAAUAAUAAAAAAUAAUUUAACAUCAAUAAGAUUAGUAAUUAGAAUCUUAGAUGUUAGAAACUCUUAGGUAAAGAGAAUCUAAGAAAUUAAAAGAAAUGGAACAAAGAAAAAUUAAACAAAUUGAAACUAGUUUAGAGAAUCUCAAUCAUUUAUUAAUUCGAAAAAAAAUGAACUAAGAGAGAUCAUAUUAAAGUUUAUUGCUCGAAUAAGAAGAUAUCAAGUAAGAAAAAUUAAAAGAGAUAAAAAGUUUAGAAAGAAUUAAAAUUCAUAAGGAUGAAGAAUCAAGAAAACUACGCGAAAAUUAUGAUUCUGUCAUACAAUAAAAAUUGAACUAAAAAUAAUAAAUUAAAUCAAAGUUAUUAUUAGUUCAAGAGACUGAUCCAGAUUAAUAAAUUCAAAUAUAGAGAGGAGAUGCAUAAUCAUACUAAAUUGAAUUAAGCAAAUAAUUAGAAGAAAAAAAAAGAAAAAUACUCGAAAUUUAAGCUAAAAAAUAGGAAGAAAGAUUAAGAGUUGAAUAAAAAAUUGCAUUUGAAAAAUAAAAGAUAUUAGAAAACAAAUUAAAAGAUUAUAAUAUGCAUAAACAAUAUGAAAAUGAUAAUUAUGAAUUAUCAAAUUAAAGAAAAUAAAUAGGUCAUAAUUCAUCCUUAUAAUCAUAUAAUAUUAAAGUAAAUGAUACUAGUCAACAAAAACUACCUCAAAUAUAUUAAGAUAAUUAUUAAGCAUAAGAUAGGAAUAAAUAAUUACGUUAGCUUGAUUAAGAUAUGCUAAAAUAUUAGAAAAUGUAAUAACAAUUACAAUAAGAAUAGACCUAUAAUCCAAACUAAAUUUCUAAUUAAAUUUUGAAACCGUAACAACAUGCUUAAACACCAUUGAAAACUCCAUUAUCAUAAUCAUCGAAACAAUCUAAAUAAUCAAAGAAAUCCAAAUAAUUCAUAAACCCUAUACAUCAAGAGGGUCCUGGAUACUCUUAAAUACAUCAAAGUAAAACAUAAACUCCUAAAUCUAAAUAAUCAAAGAAAUCACUACCUCUACCAAUCGAGAUUACAGAUUCCUCAAACCAAUAACAGAGACCUAAAUUCAAAAAUUAUAAUAUUUUAACAGGAAUUCUGCAUAUAUAAUGA